AUGGUUCGCGGUAUAGAGGUUGACUUCCAGGCCAUGGCCGCUGCUAAUCCGUUCUGGGCUGAUGGGCCAGGGCCCACGGUGCUAUUGGAGAUUAAAGCCAAUGGUAUCCGCCAUAGAUGGCAGCAAUUAGCCGUGGGGGCAACUCUGUAUGCCCUGAGUGAAGGUUUAUCGAUUGCAGGUCGAGUCACUGCAUUUGAAACAUGGCUCCGAAUUCUCGGCCAUGCCAAGCCCGUGGCAUAUUAG